UGUUCUUGGAGAUGGUAACUGUCAGUUCAGGGCUGUUGCACACCAGAUCUAUGACAGUGACAAAUACCACGCUGCUGUCAGAAAACAAGCAGUUGACUUUAUAGCAAAGUGUCAUGGCAGAUAUGAACCGUUUAUGACAGUGCCUUACAGCAAUUAUGUGGAAGAGAUGGCUGCAACUGCUUGGGAAGACCACCUAACACUUGACUCCAUAGCAAAUGUCUAUAACACCAUUCAUACUGUGCAGCAGGUGCAUGUGUCAACUGAACAUCGGUCAGUUGCAAUUUUCAAGAAACAAAUCCCUCUGCAAGAGAGUGGAGAAGGACCAGAGUGGCUUUCUUUGAAGAGAGAAGAUGAAUUCCUGGUAAAUGAAGUAUGGACAAGUAAAAGCCCAGAUAUGGUAGUGGGACAUUGUUGUGAUGGUCAAGAACUGACUGUACGUGACUUGAGCACUCUAAUAGACGGUAAUUGGCUCAAUAGUCAGGUUGUCAAUUCAUUCAUGCAAAACAUUGCAAUGGAAUUGAACAAUCAAGGGUAUAACGUAUUCGCAUACAAUUCCUUCCUGUACACGAAACUGGUUACGUAUGGACAAAAGCCACUGGAUCACACCUGGAAAUGGAAGAAGAAUGUCAACUUAUUUCAAUAUCACACAGUGGUAAUACCUAUCCAUCUUCCAGGCCAUUGGACUGUUAUGGUUUUGGACACAGUUCACAAGGAAAUGAGAUACCUAGAUUCUCUGAAUCCAAGUGAAAGGGAUAUAUGUGUUGUAGCUCAUAUUCAAAAGUUUAUCGAACAUGAAGGUCAAAGAUUUUGUGUGACAGCGACAGAAAACUGGCCUGUAUUGUUGGAAGUGACAUACUGAAUUUUCCUCGACAAACUAAUGGGUUAGACUGUGGAGUGCUUAUUUGCUUGCAUGCUCUAUAUGAAAUGCUAAAAUUACCAUACAACUACACUCAAUCACAGAUGGCAUCAGCCAGAGCAUGGAUUGCCUUGACAUUUUGCAAGAACAAGAAAAUGCCACAGAAACAUCUAGUCACUACAACUGAUGACAGUGAUUAUACCUGUGCUAAUGACAGUAAGUGUAUUGAUGAUGUGCAGGAAGAUGUACGCAUAAUGCACUAAAGACUUUUACAUAGAUGUUAUUUGUACUUAUAAGGGGCAUAAAUGAAGUGACAUCCAAUCAGAUAUAAAACAUUUUGGAUGUCAUUUAAUCAAUAAAUAAAUUUGAAAUAGAAAACGCAUUUUGUACUUUAGAUGUAGAAAUAAUUGAGGAAUGUACAAGUGCUCUCAAAGAUACUGAUACCUACAGCCGAAGUCAUGAAAUACAUACUGCCAUACAAACUGACAGUAAGGAGGAAGAAGAGUCACAGUCAGAAAAGGAA